UGUGUGCGGCGCUCAGCCAGUGAAGCAAGAAAGGAAAGACAGACAGGAGGAAGCAUCUCUACUGUGUAGAUGUGGAGGGAGGAGUAACGUUAGAGCUUCCCAACCCACUUCCAAACCUAGUUUAUCGAUGAAAGACACAUUUUAACCACUUUAUAAAUGCUUUUCAGGCGUUGUUGGGCUUCACCUUCGUCGUUUUCCCUCCUCAGUGGCUGCUGAUGUUGGAGAUGGACUUUUCCAUAGAAGUGAACGGGCGCGUCCUGUCAGCACUAGAUAACUCCGUUUACUGAGCUCAGCUCCCCAAAAGGAAACUGUAAUGAGGGACCGUCUGGCUGAUUUGAACGCGGGAAGGACCGGUGAGGAGGAGGAUGGCAGCGUCACUGUUUCUGUGGACCAAGGAGGCUUCAUGGAGGACUUUUUCAGGAAGGUGGAGGAGGUCAGGAGUGUCAUUGAUAAAAUCUCCUCCCAGGUGAAUGAAGUGAAGAAGAAACACAGCGCGAUUCUUUCAGCGCCAAAUCCUGAUGAAAAGACAAAAGAAGAGCUUGAGCAACUAACCAUUGAAAUCAAGAAAAAUGCCAAUGUGGUGCGGACCAAACUCAAAACCAUGCAGCAGAGUCUUCCUCCAGAAGAUCAAGCCAGUCGGGCCUCGGUGGACUUUCGCAUCCAGAGAACACAGUACACUGUUUUGUCUCGAAAGUUUGUGGAUGUGAUGACCCAAUACAACGAGACCCAAGUGUCUUUCAGAGAACGGAGCAAGAGCAGAAUCCAGAGACAGCUGGAGAUCACUGGAAGACUGACCACAAAUGAGGAACUGGAGGACAUGCUGGAGAGCGGGAACCCAUCCAUUUUUACAUCCGAUAUCAUCUCCGACUCUCAAAUCACACGGCAGGCUCUGAAUGAGAUCGAGUCCCGACAUAAAGACAUCAUGCGGCUAGAGUCCAGCAUCAAAGAGCUUCAUGAGAUGUUUAUGGACAUGGCCAUGCUGGUGGAGACGCAGGGUGAGAUGGUUGACAACAUCGAGAAAAACGUGAGUAAUGCAGUGGAGUACGUAGCCAAAGCCAACGAAGAGUGCAAGAAAGCUGUGAGGUACCAGAAGAGAGCCCGCAGGAAAAGGGUGUUUCUUGCCAUCUGUGUAGCAGUGUGUGCUGUCAUUGUUCUCCUCAUCAUCGUUGGAGUCUUUGCUAAUUAGUCAAGGAUCCACAACCAAAGAACACGCUCUUCAAAGCUGCUUCUGUCAGACUGUAAGCUCUGUUUAAAAGAACACUCCAGUAUUUUUAACCAAAUCUCUGUCUGCCACAUACAGUCGAUUACUACAGACAGCAGUUCUGAUGUGUGCUCGGCACAGUGGAAGAAAACAGCGCCAUCUGUAGCACACAGCAUGCAACAGUUUUAACAACCCCGAGCGAAAUACAUGUUUUGUUGAUUCAAAUGAAAAUGAGAACGCAUCGUUUACAGAGAACACACUUUCUUGCU